CUCGACGACCUCGUCCGUCUCCUGCACAUCGAAUUGGGCGCCAAUGGCCUUGAUAGCGAUGGCGUCGAUGUUGAGCGAGUCCAGAAGCUGAUGGCCAACUACACCUCGAACAAGAACGAUUGGGCCAAGUAUGCCCUCUUUGAUAAGGGUCGCUACACCCGCAACCUCGUCGACGACGGCAAUGGCAAGUUCAACCUGAUGAUCCUCGCCUGGCCAGAGACUAUCGGAAGUGCCAUCCAUGAUCAUUCUGGUUCCCACUGCCUGAUGAAGAUCCUUGAUGGCGAACUCAAGGAAACGCUCUAUCACUGGCCCGAGAAAGUUAUCAACGAGUCCGAUAAUGCCGAUUCUGGUGUUGGUAGUGACCACAGCGACGAUGAAGGCAAGGCCAAGGCUAUGGCCAUGAACGUCAAGAAGGAGACAUUCCUCGAGCGUGACACUGUUGCGUAUAUGCAUGACAAGUUGGGUCUCCAUGCCGUUGCCAACCCACUCAAGACCCAGGGUUCGGUCUCGCUGCACCUCUACACCCCUCCGUAUGAGACCUGCAAGACCUUCAAUGAACGCUCCUCUAAAGCCCGCUCCUCUGGAAAAUGUGUCUUCUACUCUUCAAAAGGCCAAAAGAUC